GUGAAGGAGAAGACGCACAAAACACAUUGAAGAAAGCGGUGGGUGGGGGGUGUUUCAUCUCUAUCUCUCUCUCCAUUUCAGACCCUGGAGUUAGGCCUUUGCCCUCCUGUGGCUACCCGAAGGUUAUGCCGUUUGCCCUACAUCAGCGUGGAAAAGUUUUAAUCUCUUCUGAGACAUGGAGCAAGUGUGCCCCUGGUCAGGUUGUUUCCAGAGACAGGUUUUUUCAUUCCAGGAAGUGCUUGAUUGGCGUUUUCUCAUCCUUGGAGGUUUCCAAUUUGUUUCCUUCAACUGCACUUAGUGAGUCCACGGUAUAUGAGCAGUUAAGCAGGCGUAAUGCAAUUUUUUCCUGAGACAGGUGUCGGAUAUGUCAUGUACAUCAAGUAAGUUAUUUGAUUGCUUUCUUGAACUAGGUCUAUGUUAGCAUUUACUUGUGGAAACAGAGCUUUUUUCUUGUUUAUAUUGAUCACGUUUGCAAACAAUUUGGACACCAUUGCAAUGCUGAUAUAAUAUCCACGUCAUUUUUUUCAUAGCUAUCUGCUGAAGAAAGGAGUUUAAUGUAUUAUGGCUGAACCUUGCUUGUAAAUGCUGCAUUCACCAUUAGUAGAUGAGAUUGUUGGUGCGACCCUAAUUGUAGCAAUACUCGUCCUUUCUUCUGAUGGUGUCAGUUAGAUCUACAAUAGUAUUGGCCGAAGAUUUUGCAACAGAAUUCAAGUAGAGUAAAUGAGAUAGCCAUUUGAAGUCCAAGACAGUGUUUUGGAGGUCUUACUGUUGGCUACAAGAUUUCUGCUUAUAUCUAUUCCUGGAUCAGUGUCAAGAUGCCCUGCGUUUCUCAAUCAUCUUUGCUUCUUUUGCCUUGUCAAUGGUCUCGAUGUCGUUGAUCUGGUGUCUUUUAUGAAUAAGGCUGUGAGGACCUUCCAUCAGAAGUAUACAGUUCUGCUCAUGCAUCAAGAAUGAAGGUGGAUCCAGCUAGAACAGCCAGGCUGGUAGUUCAUAUUUUAUAGUUCUGUAUUUUUCUAGAUAAGGUGUGCUAUUUCUUCUAUGUCUGUGUCUCUUCUUCAUAAAUAAAGCGCUACCUGCAGUUGUAAACGUGAAAAUGGAAAGGUACAAUAUAAUCAAGGAAGUUGGAGAUGGAACCUUUGGGGUUGUAUGGCGAGCAUUGAAUAAGCAUAACGGUGAAGUGGUUGCCAUUAAGAAGAUGAAGAGAAAAUAUUAUUCUUGGGAAGAAUGUAUAAAUUUGAGAGAAGUCAAGUCACUGCGUAAGAUGAAUCAUCCGAAUAUUGUGAAGCUCAAGGAAGUUAUUAGAGAAAAUGACAUUUUGUACUUCGUUUUUGAAUAUAUGGAAUGCAGUCUUUACCAGCAUAUGAAAGACAGAGUGAAGCCUUUUUCGGAAACUGAAAUUAGAAACUGGUGCUUCCACGUGUUUCAAGGUCUUGUGUACAUGCAUCAGCAUGGCUACUUCCAUCGUGAUCUUAAGCCAGAGAACUUGCUUGUUUCUAAGGGGGUGAUAAAAUUAGCUGAUUUUGGUCUUGCUCGUGAGAUUACAUCCCAACCACCAUACACCGAGUAUGUUUCAACACGCUGGUAUCGGGCCCCAGAGGUACUUCUCCAGUCACCAACAUAUGGCUCUGCCGUUGAUUUAUGGGCAAUGGGUGCAAUCAUGGCCGAAUUAUUUACCCUCCGUCCACUUUUUCCGGGUUCAAGCGAAGCGGAUGAAAUUUACAAAAUCUGCAGUGUGAUAGGCAGCCCAACAGAAAACACAUGGCAUGAGGGACUUGAACUGGCAAGUGCAAUCAAUUAUCGGUUUCCAGAGCUCGCUGGUGUGCAUCUUUCUACAUUAAUACCAUCUGCAAGCCAGGAGGCAAUCAAUUUGAUAUCUGCUCUGUGUUCUUGGGAUCCAUCCAAGAGGCCAACAGCUGUGGAGGCCCUUCAGCACCCUUUCUUCCAGAGUUGCUACUACAUUCCCCCAUCUCUUCGCUCUAAGUCUGCUACUUCUAGGAUGCCUCUAUCUGUUGGAUUAAACGGGAGGAGAUCCAUGGAGCAGAAAUAUGCAACAGGGUAUUCUGGCCUUCCGUCAAAUGUGAAGCCGGCAGGAAAUGUUACUUCAUCUGCAAAAGUACAUGCAUCCUUGGGCACAGAUGUGCUUCGUAAACUGGAAAUGAAUUAUCAGGGUGGAGUCAAGAAUGAAAAGCCUUAUAGGAGUGCUACCAGACAACCAAAACACCAAACUUCUGGAAAGAACAAUAAUACAACAGCAGGGUUGAUUGGAAAAAGUGGUGGCGUUUCCGAUACUGCUGAGAAGUUGGUACACAUGACCAUUGGUUCUACUAGAGUGCCUCCUAGACAGCAGCAGCAGCAGCAGCAGCGGAUAUAUAUUCCUCCACCUGCAAAAGCCGGGAUACGGAAUGCGCGAUCUGAUUUCUAUACUGGGAAGUCUCGCGAUAUUCAGCCGCGUAGAGGGUAUUGCGGUAAGGUGGCAGGAUGACUGAAUGGGGAUUUAACAUCAAUUCAAAUGGUAUUAAUAAAUAUAGUUUAUAAUAGAUAAAGUGAGGUCUUGUACUGCUACUGCUAGUGUGUGUGUGUGUGUUUGUGUUUUACUUAUAUAAAUUAUGUGUGUUUUGUGUGGCUUCCUUUUACCCAAUUCCAGAAGUUUGUUGGACUACUUUGACAUAUUAUUUAUUAUUAUAAAAAAUGAUUUUGUGUUAUGAUUGCUUUGCUGCCU